ACCGGACACUGUUCUGUGGUAAAAUAAUUUUCUACGCUAAAUACAUUAGUCCUGAUAUUUCUGUCAGAGAAAAAGCUCGCGCGUGUGGAGGGCGCACAGAGCGCAUGCGCGGAGGCUGCGUUUUCUGGACCAAAACACGAGGACGGCAGCGAGUUAGAACGGUGGAGCUGAACGGAGUACUGUCACAGCUCAGGCGUCGCGUUUGCUGUCAGAGAAUGCCGCGGAAAGCGAAGGUGUCUCAUUCGUUAAGUUCGAGCGAAAAAAUUAUCGUCUCACUAAGGGGUUUCAUUUUUAGUCUUAAAACAGAACUGCAGUUCAUGCUAGAGAUCCUCCAAAAAUGCCAACGGGAGUGAAUGCGCAAGCUGCUGGGAUCCCUAUGUCGGAUGCUAUGGGGACUUUCAAGAGGAGGAAGCGAAAGUCCAUCACUGUGACUGCAAUGUUGUUUGUAGUGUCUAUACUUAUUCUAGUUUUUGGCUUGGCUGCCACCACAAGGACACAGAACAUCACAGUUGGAGGCUACUAUCCUGGAGUCAUUCUUGGUUUCGGCUCCUUUCUUGGAAUCAUUGGGGCUCAUUUAAUUGAGAAUAAGAGGCAGAUGCUGGUAGCUUCCAUCGUCUUCAUCAGCUUUGGUGUGGUGGCUUCAUUAUGUUGUGCUAUAGUGGACGGCAUUUUUGCAGCAAGACACAUAGACCUCCGACCUGUUUAUGCUGGUCGAUGUGAAUACUACUCCAGUUUAACAGCAUUUGAUGUGGAUGUUCACUGCCAGACAGCGUCACGUGUGUCAUGUAACCUGCGUGUGAAGAGUAAGACAUGCUACUGCUGUGACCUCUACAACUGUGGAAAAGAACAUCCUCUUUUGGGACUUCAGAAUAAAGAUGUUUUGAAAAAAUUUAGGAAAUCAUCCAUGGUUUGGAACCACGUUGACCCCAGAGGAGGCUACCAUGAGUACACUGAAGUGCGGAGUUGCCAAGACGUUGUGUACCUUUACCACUUGUUGUGGUCUGCCACAAUUCUGAACAUCAUUGCCUUCUUCCUGGGUAUCAUCACAGCAGCAGUACUUGGAACCUUCAAGGACAUGAAUCCAAUUGCUGCCCCUGACACUUGUGAACCUGAUUCUCUGGCCACUCCAGCAGCCCCUGAGACUCAUGCCCCAACCACCCUCAACUCCUUCUACAACACUACCCCCUGCCUGCCACCUUAUACUGCCUAUGACCUUCAGGUCUCCAACAUGUUCCCUGACUCUUCUGGCCUAUCUGAUGACUCGCAGUCUGGAGCCAGUCACAUGUGGCCCACUAUGAUCCCUCCACGCUAUUCUCCUCCUUAUUAUCCACCUGAUGAUAAACCCCCUCCAUACAGUCCUUAAGGGACACUACAAAGAACCAUGGUAAUACUGACAAUACGCUCAAGGGGUUGAGGGAAAAAUGGGCAUACAUAACUUAAAAACAGUUCCUGCUGUUCUGGAGGGUCACUGCAAAGCUGGAAGCAGAUCACAGCUACAGUACAGAACCAGGAUGUUCAUCUCUACAGAGCAGAUCUACGCAGUGAGAUUUCUGCAGAUGUCCAGUUUAGGUACAGUAGGCAGCCUCACAACUCCAUGCUAUAACUAACAUCAAGACUUUUUCACAAAUAUGCCUUAAAAGUGUCAUUAUGCUCCUGUCAUGAGUCAUGUCUAUGAACUAUUUGGACACAGUGACUGCCACCAUGCAUCUCCCUCACUGUAUUAAGUGAAUGUUUCCAAAGUGGCACAGAGCGUGCGGUUUGAUUUUUCGCCUCACCUCAGCUGAAGAGGAAUGAGGAGUCUUGUAUGUAUGUAUUGUCUUGUUCAUUUGCAGUUUCUUGUACCUGAAUAUAACUGUAAAACACAGUAACAUAAUCCUUCCGUGUCACUUCGGGCAGCUAGAGGUAAUCUUGUGGAGCCCAAAGCAUACUUUCAAUAUUCUGUCUAAGCAAGAUGCAACAUGGAAAAACGGUCAUUUUAUUUGGCACCUCACCCAGGUACAAAUCAUUUGAAUUGUGCAAUCAAUCAUGUUAUGUUCAAUCACCUGCAGUGUAAAUAUCCUUUUCCUGAUUGUGAAUAAUCCUAUUACAAUGACUAAACAGAGGAAACAACUUGUAAGUGGAACAUGCAGAUAG